AUGGCAGUGCGGGCACCGAUCUCGUUGGAUGAUGCCCUACACCGAGCUUUAUGCUUCGCAACCCACAAAGAGGAGGUCGCAGCCUUGAAGGAACAAACCAGCAACCAAAGGGCAACACUUUGCAACUCGAUUAACUCCAUCAAAGCAUAUCAACGAAAAGCCGAAAACAGCGAAGGAUUCAGAGAGUCCCUAUUAGGUCCCGACCACGAAAUCACCUUCGACGAAAACGAGACCGUAGAUCUUGACAAACCACACUAUGACGCUCUCGUAAUACGACUCGACGUCGGCGGCUGCAAACUAUCUCGGGUGAUGAUCGACACCGGUAGCUCGGCUGAUGUCCUCUUCUACGACGCAUUCAAAAAAAUGGGAUUCACCAAAGCACUCCUCAAGCGAGAACGAACCCCUCUGAUCGGGUUCGCAGGGGAAACCACCUACUCCCUUGGGUCAAUCGAGCACGCUGUAACUGCCGGAGAAGUCAGGAAAAUCGUCGAAUUCACCGUGAUAGACCGUCAAGCCCCGUUCAACGCAAUCCUUGGAAGGCCUUGGCUAUACAUCAUGAAGGCAGUUCCCUCAACCUACCACCAGUACCUGAAAUUCCCGACUCCAAAAGGAAUCGAAACCAUUAGAGGAAGUCAGAAGAGCUCCAGAACAUGCUACCUUGCAAGCUUCAAGGAUAUAGAGCAGCACUAUUAA